GUUGAAAGAACUUUCUCAUUACUCCCGUUUCCUGAGCGAGAAAGCCACAUCUGUAAGCAGGAGUGACUUGACUGGAGGGCGCAACGAGGCGUCUUCCUGCAUCACUUCUUGGUUAUGGACAACAUAACGCGCAUCAAGAUGUGUUUGGAGAAGUGGUCGAGAGGAGGCGAGGCUGAGUGUCGUUCUGACCUCGUAUCGCUGCAUUGCAACCUUGAUGACCGAAAUUACACGGAGUCUUCGGACAAACUCGCAACCACAUACCAGACUCUUCUGCACGCUGUCUUACGCACAUGGUCUCUGGAAGCGGAGAGCCAAUUUAGUGCUGCAAAAUUUGUAGCGUUUGUGCAGACUGUCCUAGCUGAGUUACCCUCGUCAUCUUCUCCAUCUACGGAACGACCGCGGUACCUCGUGUUGUUCGGCGAACUGCUCGUAGAUCUCGUCUGGGCCAUUGACAGCGAACUCGAUGAGAUUAUUGCGGAUGCGAAGGCUGUUACUUCAAAUCAAGGUGCAGAGACAGAAAAAGCGGAACAUGCAUCAGAAUCAGUCGUAAAAGCCGAAGGUGUUCAAAAAGUUGCCGAAAGCGACAGGGAGACUCUUGCUGAAGUGCUGAAAAUGUUACUGAACGUUGGAAUCGUAGACGCGCCAACGUGCAGAGAACGACUUGAUAGCACAUUGCUUACCUUGACUGGUCUCAUUGCCGACAAACUUAUAUUCGAGAGGAAGGAGAUAAGAACACGGACAGGAUUAUUCUACAAGCAAAACAAAUUCAACCUCCUCCGGGAACAGUCGGAAGGCUAUACGAAACUCACCACGGAUCUCAUUGGGAGCCUUGGACCCCCCAAUUUGCCAUCCUCUGGUUUGCCUGUCGAAAGCUAUCAGGCAGUAAAAUCUCGAGCCGAGGCAGUGUGGGAGCGCGUUGUUAGCCUGAUCGGAUAUUUCGACUUGGACCCGAAUCGCGCGUUAGACAUCAUUUUGGAUGUUUUCUCCGUGAAUAUUGCGACACAUUGGCAAUUUUUCCUCGCUUUGUUGGCUUGCUCGCCAUGGGUUGGCGAGAAUAAGAAUGUCAGCGACUGGGAGAAAGGUGUGGGUAUGGUAGUGGACCAUCAGCCGGACCAGUACCGCGGGAAAAGUUUGGACGAGAUUUUGCUUCUCGCCGAGAACAAUGCCAAAGGGUCUAAUGCCUCAGCGCUGCCGAGCAUGCAACCGAAGACGAAAGUGCUAGCGCAAGUGCUGGGAUUCAAAUUCACCCACUACCAAUCUUCGGAAACAAAGGCGUCGUGUCCAAGGGGAUUGUACCUAGUGGCAGCGCUACUUAUCCGCGAAGAGUUCAUUACGCUGGAAGAUCUCUAUCCGCAUCUGAGCCCAUCCGAAGAGGAAAUGCCGAAGCUUCACGGAAAGUACUUGGAUGAUGUCCGGUCUCGCAUCAAAUCAUCAUCCAACAAUUUGCUCGCAAUGGCAGCUCCGCUGGAGUCAUCAUCCUUAGGCUCCUCGACUAAGUCAAAGACACCCAAUCCUGAGGCGAAGACCCCCGCCGAAGUAAAGGAACCUCCUGCGCAGAAAGCGAUGCUACUCGUCGCCCUUCUCUCCGCUGGAGUCCUCCGCCCAGCGAUUGCGCUCAUGACUCGUUAUCCUUGGCUGAUUGACAUCCAUCGCGAGCUGGCGGACUUGCUCUUGCGAGUGCUCAAGGCCUCCAUUUCACCACUGUUCGACAAGUUGUUUACUAAGGAACGCAAUAAGGGUUUCUUGCAACCGCGCUCGCGCUACGCGGCACCCGGCGUACGUAUCGCGCCCGCCCGUAGACCACAGUUGACGCUUUGCGCUCCAACUCCACCAAGCACGCACACUCAAGAUUUCGUAUUCUUUUUUCCUCAAUGGUCGGAGUGGGUUCCUGUUUGUGAAUCAGCUGACGAUAUCAUCGACAUUGUCGAGCCGUUGAUGAGAUUUGUUGGCAUACAUAUCAGUCGAGAGCCUCUAUUCCUUACUAAGCUCUUGCGUAUUGGCAGAUCUCAUCUCGCGCAAUCGCUUACGCCCGAUCUGGAAAAUAAAGAUGGCAAACGUUCAGUGACACCCAUUACUGAACCAGAAAAUCCUGUUCAGGAAUUCUGGCUUCAGACAGCACGGCGCUAUCUCCUUCCGGCCCUUUCUAUGAUGCCUGGAAAUGCCGUUUGCACCGUCGAAGUCUGGAACAUACUCCGAUUCUAUGAUCUAACAGUGCGUUGGCGUUUAUAUGGAGAAUGGCGAGAUCAAACAUACAAGUCGCAUCCGGAACUAAAUGCGCAACGCGUAUUGCGAGAACGUGAGGCGAAGGGAAUACUUCGUCGACUUUCUUCACAGACAGUCGAGUCACUCGCAGGAUCCGUCGCAAAGAUGGCGCACACUAAUCCAUGUAUCUUCUUUACGAACGCCGUGAAUCAGAUUCAAGCCUACGACAACCUAGCUGACGUUGUCAUUCAGGCGCUGCGCUUUGCGACUAAUAUGGGCUUCGACGUUCUCGUCUUCCUGGUCAUCGACGCCUUGGGUAAUCCUCAUAAGGAUCGAAUGAAAGAAGAUGGGGCGAAUGCUGCUGAUUGGUUGCAGAGUCUCGCAACGUUUAGUGGUGCACUGUUCCGCCGUUACAGCACGGAUUCAUCAUCGGUGCUGAAGUAUAUUGUUCACCAAUUGUACAACGGACAGACCUCAGAAAUCGUUGUUCUUGAGAAGCUCAUUCUUCGCAUGGCUGGCAUUGAGCCUCUACCGAGCUUGUCGAACGCCCAGAUUACUGCGAUGGCAGGUGGGCCGACGUUGCGCAUUGAAACGGUUGCAUCAGACCUUCGUGGUGCGGGACUUGACGUGUCAGAGGUCUUGACAAAAGGGCCGCAGCGUCUCGGGAAAACUUUAAUUGACACAAAACUCGCGUUCCCGAUUCUCGUGCAAGUAGAGCAGCAACGACAGGCCUGCGUCUUUAAAGCAAGAGACGCCCAUUUAAAGUCUAUCGCUUAUCUGUUCGAUGCAACACACGGUGUUCUCCUUCAAUACAUCGAUCUCUUGACGACUCCGGACAUUAUAUCCCCUGAGGACUAUCGCAAGAUCAUGCCAUCUUUAUCGGAGCUGGUAAAUCUGUAUGGUGUCAGCCCACCCAUCGCAAUGCAAAUUUAUCGACCGAUGCUUGAUGAUGCCAUAGCAGGACACGCCAGGGCUUGGUGCAGUGCAGAAGCAACUGAAAAACGGCUGAAAGCCGCUUUGGCGGCGAAACGGGAACCGACUAGUAAUUCAACAGUUCCUGUGGAAAAUGCAUCUACGGAGUUCGCCCCGUUACCAGAAGUCAAGCCAGAUCCAAAUGGUUCUGCGGAGUCUGAGAAAAUGGAGUUGGACACAGUGGAACGAAAACCAGGAGAGAAUGGUGAAAACAAGGAGGAACUGACCGCAGAAGUGAAGGCUGAAGAAAAGCCUGCUCCCAAAGAACCAUGGGUGCCCGAGAUACGUGCUCUAUUCGACGACUGCAAACAAGUAGCUCCUGGCAAUACUUUCGAUAUCAUCGGACCCAGCUUUUACCUCAGCUUUUGGCAAAUGUCUAGCUACGAUCUUUAUUACCCUAAGGAAAAAUAUGCUGAAGUGGAAAAAAACCUUCGUGCAACGAGUGAUGCAAUGUAUUCCAAGGCUCGCCAAGCCGAAAGGUCAUCCGACAGAUCCACCAGGGCAUCUAGUGGUAGCCUCCGAGUUCAAUACGAUCGGUAUUUAGCGACAAUUUCGAAGCUUCGGCAAGAAAAGGCUGCACAAGAGUCAGUUUACCGCUAUACAACGGAGAAAGGUGGUCGAUUGGAUCGCGAGAAGGACCAUUGGUUCUCACAUGUCGGUGCUGGUGCUGGCAAGGGUGCAACCUUCAUCCAAUCUCUGAUCGAGCACUGCAUACAACCUCGAUGUCUCCUUUCACCUAUGGAUGCGGUUUAUUGUGCGCGACUCAUUCGGACGUUACAUGAGCGCGGAACGCCGGGAUUCCACACCCUAAUGUGUUACGACAAGUUGCUUGGCGAACACGUGAAAGUCGUAAUAUUCUCGUGCAGCGAGAACGAAGCAAGAAAUUAUGGCCGCUUUUUGAAGGGCAUAUUACAAGACUUGUACGAGUGGCACAAGGAUCAGAAAGCCUAUGAAGCAAGUAACUACCGGAAAGAUGGUGCAGACGUUGUAUUACUGCCCGGCCUGCAAACACAUUGGUCAAAAGAUGGACCUUCAUCUCGCGAUGACCUUUUGAAAUGGCCCGGAUUCAGGUCCUUCCUUAAGAAGUGUCACCGGAAGCUUGGUCAAUGUUUCACGGAAUGUAUCCAAGCAGGAGAUUUCAUGCAUGUCUACAAUGCUGUCUUGGUUCUCAAGGAAAUCAUCGACGUAUUUCCCAUUGCUGCGGUGAACGAAGUUGUAGGUUCAAGUAUUGAUCUGGAGAUUCAGAGGCUUGUCCAAUCCGAAGAGAGAGGAGACCUGAAGAUUCUGGCAAGAGCUUAUUCUUCGAGUUUGAAGAAACGGGAGAAGAUAUGGGCAAUGCCGAAAGUGGCUCAGCCCAUAAAGCCCGUGCCUUCGAGGCCAGCUUCUUCACCAUCCAUUGGUCAGCCGGAGAAGCCUCGCGAUUCACCGGCUCCAAUUCCACCCACUGGUCCUCGCGCUUCUCAACCUUCCCUCCCUGCGGCUCCGGAGAAGGCUCCUCCCAUCGAGCGGCCUUCGUCUGCGGCCAAACUUGCUCUUGAGGACAUUCCUAGACCGGAGGUCGUCAAGAGAAAUAGGGAUUCUAGACCGCCUGAAACAUCACCUGCUGAUGCCUCGAAGAAGGUAGAACCUAUGCAGGUAGACCAGCAGCUCAAUGGCAAGGAGGGACCAAUAGUCAAGGCUUCAACUCCAGCUGCGGAUUCCCAGCGAGGCAGAGAUGAGAUUCAUUCCCCCCAUCCAACAGUCCCGCCACGUCCCGCUGGAAGACUACUGGCAGCGUCAUCUUCUACAGACUUGCGGAAAGAAGUUUUGCAGGGAACGAACGUUAGCUCACGUCCUGGAACGCCCAUGUCCUCAUCCCAGGCCCCCGUUACCCAGAAUGGGUUAAAAGAUUCUCCCCAGUCAUCUCCACGGUAUCGUGACCGAGACUCGGGUUCACCGAUGGCUCCUCCGGCCGAACCUAGUCAGACGGUCCAUGCUCAGGAAUUGCGGAACUUACGUCGUGGGGAAAAAUUGCCGCAGAGCCCGCGCGAGCAGCGAGCUGACGCAGUCGACUCUCCGGCACGUCGUUCUUUAUCACCUGCAUCCCGUCCAGGCACAAGGAACGCUAGUGCGGAUAGUAGAGCAAGCGGCGAUGCUAAGCGAGAUCGUGCUAGGCAUGAUACUGAGGGCGAGGAUAGCAAACGUUCAGCAGCUCCGGAGCCACCUUCAAGGGCAGAACGUAACAGCGGCACCCAUCGCGAUGGCCAUAGUCGCUCGGAACGCUCAGGUCGAGACCGGAUUCCGGGCAGUAGUACGCGUGAUGCUGACCGAGAAAGGGAUUCGGACCGUGAAAGAGUCCGGGAUAGGCGGGAUCGCGAAAAGAGCCAUCGCAGUGAGCGCGAGUCUCAUCGAGAACGCGAUCGUGAGAGGGAUCGGGACAGAAGCGACCGUGACAAAGACCGCGAACGUCAUCGGCGUGAGGAAAGGGAGCGCGAACGUGAACGCAAAGCAGUGGCUGUUAAGGAACCAGAGGUUCCCUCUGAAAAUACCUUGCCUUCGCGCUCGGAUGGUUCUCGCCAUCGGACACAUACGGACUCGUCUCAGGCGGAUGUUACCCUUGGGAAACGGAGAAGGACUCCUGACGACGAGUCUGAACGAAGCGCGAAACGUUCCUCACGCCAACGAGAAGAGCGAUCCCGCAAGACUUCGGAGAAAGAUACUAGCCGUGACUCGAAUCGAGAGUCCGAUCGUCGACGGAAAGAGCGGGAUGCUCAAGAGAAUGACACACACGUGAAAAGCACGGCUACAGAAAAGCCUUCGGAUCGUGUGCGAGAGAAUGAACCUUCGUCUGUUAGCACUCCUGCCAAGGCUUCCGCUCCGCCACCUUCAGCACCACGGGCAAUACUACUAGGUUCAGCGCAAACUCGAUCGGGAGGACGAGGUGAUACCUCACCUGCAAUUAAUCGUGAAAAAGAACAGGACCGGGAUCGAGGCGCUAGAGACCGGCCCGAGCGCAGUGGCCGAGGAGAGCGGAUGCAUGCAGACCGCGAUGUGUGGGUCGACAAGCCGGAAAGGUCCGAAAUGAGUGAGCGAGAUGACAGGGAGCGGGAAAAGACAGAUAGAGGACAAAGGGUGGAUAAGACCGAAAGGGAGUGGAAGGAAGGUCCGGGAAGAGCAACGCAAAACGGAUCUGCCCCUCCUACUUCUCUGGGUAGUCUUCGAGAUCGAAUAAGCAAUGCGCCUGGUACUCCUCAGCCUUCAGCAAGUUCUUCUGGAAGAGGCGGCGUGGGCGGAACUUCGAAUCGUGACGAGCAUGGCGACAGCUUGAAGCGUUCCAUCACUGAACGCGAUAGGGAUAUUCCAGCGGAUACCUCACUGUCUGGAUCCAACGCAAUGCCGGCACCUUCCAAGGAGUCGUCAAAGAGAGUACGAAUAGAUAGGUCACGUUUCCGAGGAGACAGUGGUUCUGGGCCAGCUAAGAGAACGGUCAGGCAAUGAAAGCACUUUGGCUAGCUGAGCGCACUACAAUGCUAUUACACUUUCCAGUUCAUCGCAUUUCAUUCAGCUAUCUAUGAUCACGUAGUCCUGUAUUUAGUCUCAUGCAUAAUUAAUGUGGAUUAUGCCUUGCAAUAUAGACUUUCAC